AUGAAGUUCCUCUGUUUGCCGGGAGGCUAUUGCAACAUCACGUCCCUCACAACUCAAUUAGGGCCAUUUGCCGACGCGCUCCGCACUCUUGCCGACGCCGAGUUCUUCUACAUUCAAGGCGAGUUCAAAGUAGAAGUUCCAGAGGAACAUGCUGGCUUCUUCGGUCCUCCUCCAAACUGGACGUUCGCAUGUCCCGAUGGACCCGAAAAGAUGCUCAUCAACAUGAGCGACUUUCCCAGGCGCGACACGCCAGAGGAGGCGAUGAAUGUGGCGAACGAUCUGGCUGGCAAUCCCACGUUCUCGUGCAUGCCUACAGUCAUGGAUCGUCUGAUCAAGAUCAUUGAUAGCGAAGGCGAUAUUGAGGGAGUAAUUGGCUACUCCGAGGGUGCCCAGGUGGCCGCCUCACUCUGUCUGGAGGAAAAGAGAAGACAGGAAGCAUAUGGUCGGCCUCCUAGCCUGAAGUGUGCAGUCUUCUUCUGUGGAUGGCCUCCUAUUCACCCGCACACGGGGAAACUCGUUCUGGCUUCGGAUUAUGAGGAAGAGCCAAUUACCAUUCCUACCUGCCACGUCAUCGGCGGCGCUGAUCCGUUCGUUGAUGGCUCGAUGGCGCUGUACAAUAUGUGUGAAACGGACACUGCUGAUCUCUUUGACCACGGAGGGGGUCAUAUCGUUCCAAGAGGGAAAAAGAUGAUCGACGAGCUGGCCCCAAUUGUAAGCGAAAUGAUUUUCUCUGUGCUUUAA